AUGGCUGCAGCCAGCGUGACCCCUCCCAGCUCCCUGGACCUGCUGCAGCCCGGCUUCUCCAAGACCCUCCUGGGGACCAAGCUCGAGGACAAGUACCUGUGCUCAGCCUGCAGGAACGUGCUGCGCAGGCCCUUCCAGGCGCAGUGCGGCCACCGCUACUGCUCCUUCUGUCUGAGCACCAUCCUGAGCUCCGGGCCCCAGAGCUGCGCUGCCUGCGUGCAGGAGGGCAUUUACGAGGAGGGCGUCUCGAUCCUGGAGAGCAGCUCGGCGUUCCCGGACAAUGCCGCCCGCAGGGAGGUGGAGAGCCUGCCGGCAGUCUGUCCCAGCGAGGGCUGCUCCUGGAAGGGCACCCUAAAGGAGUACGAGAGCUGCCACGAAGGACACUGCCCGUUCAUGCUGACUGAGUGCCCGGCGUGUAAAGGCCUCGUGCGCCUCGGCGAGAAGGAGCAGCACCUGGAGCAUGAGUGCCCGGAGCGGAGCCUCAGCUGCCGGCACUGCCGGGCGCCCUGCUGCCCAGCCGACAUGAAGGCGCACCACCAGAUCUGCCCCAAGUUCCCCCUGACGUGCGACGGCUGCGGCAAGAAGAAGAUCGCCCGGGAGAAGUUUCAGGACCACGUCCGGACGUGUGGCAGAUGUCGAGUCCCGUGCCGAUUCCACGCCGUCGGCUGCCCUGAGAUGGUGGAGAGUGAGAAGCAGCAGGAGCACGAGGCACAGCGGCUCCGGGAGCACCUGGCCCUGCUGCUGGGUGUCCUACUGGAGGCCGGGCGGCCCCUGGGGGACAGCCGCCCACUCCUCGGCCAGGGCGAGGGCACCUGGGAGGCCAGCACACCCUCCAGGGUGGCGGAGCUGCUACAGAGGUGCGAGGCCCUGGAGCGGAAGACGGCCACCUUUGAGAACAUCGUCUGUGUGCUGAACCGGGAGGUGGAGCGGGUGGCCGUGACGGCCGAGGCCUGCGGCCGGCAGCACCGGCUGGACCAAGACAGGAUCGAGGCCCUGAGCAACAAGGUGCAGCAGCUGGAGCGGACCAUCGGCCUGAAGGACCUGGCCGCGGCCGGCCUGGAGCAGAAGGUCCUGGAGAUGGAGGCGUCCACCUUCGAUGGCGUGUUCGUCUGGAAGAUCUCGGACUUCUCCAGGAAGCGGCAGGAAGCCGUGGCCGGCCGCACGCCCGCCAUCUUCUCCCCAGCCUUCUACACCAGCAGGUACGGCUACAAGAUGUGCCUGCGCGCCUACCUCAACGGGGACGGCACCGGGCGCGGCACGCACCUGUCCCUCUUCUUCGUGCUGAUGCGGGGCCCGCAUGACGCCCUCCUGCGCUGGCCCUUCAACCAGAAGGUGACCUUGAUGCUGCUGGACCAGAACCACCGCGAGCACGUGAUCGACGCCUUCAGGCCCGACGUGACCUCCUCGUCCUUCCAGAGGCCGGUCAGCGACAUGAACAUCGCCAGCGGCUGCCCGCUCUUCUGCCCCGUCUCCAAGAUGGAGGCCAAGAACUCCUACGUGCGUGACGACGCCAUCUUCAUCAAAGCCAUCGUGGACCUGACGGGGCUCUAG